CUCACGGAGGAGUCGUGGUGGUGGCACGGGUCACCCGCAGCACACGAAAAAAAACAACAAAAAAGAUUGGAUUCUUGAGGAGCGCAACGUGCUGGCUCCGUGUCUCUCUCGCCCUUCUCCCGUCUCCGCUCCGCCUCCGCGCGUCCGGCGAGACCGCGAGAGCGAGACGAUGGGAAUGCUACAAAUUCCCCUUCUGAGUCCGACCCUCCUCAUCCAAUAGUACCACCUGCUCGCUGCUCCGCCACCGCUCUCGCUCGAUCGCCCCCCUCGUUCGUCGGCCUUCGCUUCCAGACCUCCGAGUCCUCAAUCUGCAGCUUUGGUAAUUGGUCGUAUAGUCCCUCAUCAUCGGAAUGGUGGGGUCACUUAUCUUUCCCACACCUAAUGUGGAUCCGAAGGCAGAGAAUCCUAAUGAGAUGGUUACAGCCGGUGUGCUUUCAAGCCUUCAGAAUUUCCUACGCAAGUGCCUCAUAGCCAUCCUCUCAUAUGGCCCAAUGCCGAAGCACAUUGCAUUUAUUAUGGAUGGCAAUCGUCGAUAUGCUAAAUUCAGAAGCAUGCAAGAAGGAGCGGGUCACAGGAUGGGUUUCUCUACCCUUAUUGCAAGUCUGAUGUACUGCUAUGAAAUGGGUGUGAAGUACAUCACUGUCUACGCAUUCAGCAUCGACAAUUUUAAAAGGGACCCAAGUGAGGUGGAAUCCUUGAUGCAGUUAAUGGAGGAAAAAAUCAACGAACUCUUAGAGAACCGAAGUGUAAUCAACAAGAUUAACUGUAAGAUCAACUUUUGGGGUAACUUGGACUUGUUAUAUGAGCCGGUGCGGUUGGCGGCUGAGAAGCUGAUGGCGAGCACAGCUGGGAACACAGGGCUGGUCUUUUCUAUCUGCAUGCCAUACAACUCGACUUCUGAGAUUGUCAAUGCUGUCAGUCAAGUCUGUGCGGAAAGGAUGGAAAUGUUUCAGAGCGAACAUAUUGGCGAAUGCAAUGGUCAUGCUGCAAAUAACGGUGUGCGAUCAGAGAUUUCAGUGGCGGAUUUGGAUCGCCACAUGUAUAGUGCCGAAUGCCCAGAUCCUGAUAUUGUCAUCCGGACUUCGGGCGAGACUCGAUUGAGCAAUUUCCUCCUUUGGCAGACAACGUUUAGUCACUUGCAGAAUCCAGAUCCUCUGUGGCCCGAGUUCUCUUUCAGGCACCUUGUUUGGGCUGUCUUGCAGUAUCAGAGAGUUUACCCUGCUCUGGAGCAUAACAGAAAGUUGGCUAAGAAGCAGUUGUGAUUCCAUGUUACUUGCAAGGAGGUAUCAUGAAGGGCUAUUAACAUCAAACUUUUCCUUCUCAAUUUCCUGGUAAUGGUAAAUGCAAAGAAGAACAUACUAGCAUAUAACAUUAUGAAUAGAUCACCAUGUAACUUAAGUGUGAUUGCUACCGUAACCAUGUAACUUAUUUGAGCUCGUAC